CGACGGGGAGGAGGACGGAGGACCUGAGCUCAGCCCGGCGCCCUUUUGUUUAUGCGCGGCGCCCGCCCGCGCACUGAUUAGUGGAGGUCCACCCCCGGCGUCGUAUAUAACGCGGCGGCGGGUGCCGGUAGCCGUUCCGUGAUCUGGCCUCCCGAGCGCGGCCAAAAAGGCGCCCCAACGCCGCGCGGCAGAUCGAGCCCAGCUCAGCAUCAGCCUCCCCCGGCGAGCCAGCGGAGCCGGGAGCGGUCGUGCCUGGUGCUACGCGCCGCGAGAAUGCUGCACCGGUGCGGGCUGCUCCCGUGCCUCCGCGGCGACAGCGGCGAGGCGGGCCGGCUGGACCCCCGCGUCGCGGACGAGCCGGGCGCCGGCGCGUCGUCCGCCGCGCCGGCCAGCAAGGGAGGCGGCGGGGAUGCCAGGCGGUUCGCGUGGGCCGAGAUCGAGUCCGUCACGGCGGGCUUCUCGUCCCGCGUCAUCGGCCAAGGAGGCUUCAGCACCGUGUACCUCGCCUGCCUCUCCUCCUCCCGCCUCGGCGCCGUCAAGGUGCAGCGCAGCAGCGAGCGCCUCCACCGCGCCUUCCGCCAGGAGCUCGGCGUGCUCCUCUCGCUCCGCCACCCGCACGUCGUGCGCCUGCUCGGCUACUGCGACGAACGAGAGGAAGGCGUCUUGGUGUUCGAGUACGCCCCGAACGGCGACCUCCACGGGAGGCUCCAAGGCCGCGGCAAGCCAGCGCUCCCGUGGGCGCGCCGCAUGGCGAUCGCGUUCCAGGUCGCCAUGGCGCUGGAGCAUCUCCACGAGGCCCGCGACCCGCCCGUGAUCCACGGCGACAUCAAGGCCUCCAACGUGCUUCUCGACGCCAACCUCGACGCCAAGCUCUGCGACUUCGGCUUCGCACACGUCGGCUUCUCCGCCGCGCUCCAGCCGCCGCCGGAGGCUGCGGCGUCCAGGGCGUCCGCGCGCCCCGUCAUGGGCUCCCCGGGCUACGUCGACCCGCACUUCCUCCGCUCCGGCGUCGCCACCAAGAAGAGCGACGUCUACAGCUACGGCGUCCUGCUGCUCGAGCUCCUGACCGGGCGGGAGGCCAUCUGCGCCGACACGGGGUGCCGGCUCACCGCCGCCGUGGGGCCCACGCUCAGAGAAGGGAAAGUGGCCGACGUGGUGGACCGGAGGCUAGGAGACGAGUACGACGCCCACGAGACCUCGACCGCGGCGGCGCUCGCGCUGCGGUGCGUCAGCGACGGCCCCGGGCUCCGGCCGUCCAUGGCGGAGGUGGUGCGCGAGCUCCAGGAGAAGACGACGGCGCUGAUCUCCGCCGCCGGGAGCAAACCGGCCGGCAAGGCGGCUUCGUGAGCUGUACGAUGCAGAGAAUGUAAAUACCAGUAACGUUGUUUAGGGAUGGUAGAUGGUAACGAUAAGGUUUUCUACUCAGUUUGUUAGUAACUUGUCAAUAAUGUAGCGGUGGAUUAGUAGUUGUUGAAGCAUUUGGAUCGCGUAGAAAAGGUUUUCGUGACGUCAGGGUUGGCUGUAGUUGUAGAGGUUUUGCAGUGUCUCGUUAAUCAAAUCGCCAAGUUGAUCUUGUCCGUUUUGCUGAA